AUGACGCGUUCCCCGCAGCCAUCGUCGAUGGACGAUAUCGCCAAGACAGCCUCGUUCAAGGCUGUGGACGACGACCCCAGCAAUUUACAGGGAUACGCGUCCGCUCCCGGGAUAGUUGAUGAAGUCACUCGUGUAGUGGACCACAAAGCUGAGCGGCGCCUCUGCCGACGAUUCGACUUUCGUUUACUGCCGAUUUUAGCAGUUAUGUACCUGUUCAAUGCGCUUGACAAGGGAAAUCUGGGAAAUGCAGAGACCGCUGGGAUGGCCGAGGACCUUCACUUCAAGCCUAACCAGUACAAUCUUCUGUUGUCAAUCUUCUUUAUACCAUUCGUGAUCUUCGCGCCGCCAUUUUCAAUGCUUGGAAAGAAGUUUAGUCCCGCGCGUGUGCUACCAAUCCUGAUGUUUUCCUUUGGUUGUUUCACCAUGCUCUCAUCUGCUGCGCACAACUUUGGCGGCCUCUUCGCUUUACGGUGGUUCUUGGGCAUGUCCGAAGCAGCAUUCUUCCCAUUGGUGAUCUACUACUUGACCACCUUCUACCGACGUGGUGAACUAGCGCGUCGCCUGGCUAUUUUCUACGCUGCCUCUAACAUCGCGAACGCCUUCUCCGGAUUGAUCGCAUUUGGCGUGUUCCAAAUCAAGGGAUCGAGUAUUCCAAACUGGCGUUAUCUGUUCAUUAUAGAAGGCGCCGUCACCGUGGUCUUCGCAACUUUUGCCUUCUUUUAUUUACCCAAAAGUGCCGCCGAGGCAAAAUUCCUUUCCGAAGAGGAGAAAGCGUUGGCAUUCCAUCGCAUCCAAGUCGAUUCGAGUGCGGUGGUUAACGAGAAAUUCAGUCUACGCGAAGCUAUUGUCAUUUUCAAGCACCCCACCACAUAUGUUUUUCUGUGUAUUGAAAUUUGUCUCGGUGUUCCGUUGCAAGGUGUUGCUCUGUUCAUGCCGCAAAUUGUCGCACGUCUGGGCUAUCCGACUGUGAAAACAAACCUCUACACAGUGGCACCAAACGUGACAGGUGCAGUUAUGCUUCUCGUCCUAGCUUUUCUCUCUGAUUGGACACGGUUGCGAUCCCCAUUUAUCGUCCUCGGCUUCCUACUCACCUUUUCCGGAUUUAUGAUAUACGCGUCGAUCGACGACGUCCAUAGCGAGCUGCAGGUGGCUUACUUCGCCACCUUCAUGAUGACUUGGGGUACAUCAGCACCGUCAGUAAUGCUGAGUACAUGGUAUAACAACAACAUCGCACACGAGGGUCGCCGUGUGUUGCUCACCAGUAUCGGUGUCCCAUUAGCCAACCUCAUGGGACUGGUAGGCAGCAAUGUCUUCCGUGAGCAAGAUGCGCCCAAGUACAUGCCCGCAUUAAUUACGGUGGCAGCCUUCGGCGCGACGGGUGCCUGUCUAGCAGGUCUGCUGGCAUUGUACAUGUGGCUGGAUAAUAAGCGGCGCGAUCGGCGCGAUGGAGUGACGAUUCGAGCCCGGGAUAUUCCUACCGAGCGAAUGCGAGACGGUCCUGCCUCGCCCGAGUUCCGUUGGUUUCUAUAA